UGCCCGCGGGCAGGUUUUAUUGUUGUGGACUAUGAGUCUCUUCGGUUUGGUUUUCUUCUUUUGAGGAGAAUUUGAGGGGGUUUGAAGACAUGGACGAUGAGUAUGCUAAGCUUAUCAGGAGGAUGAACCCUCCAAGGGUUGUGAUUGACAACGAUGCUUCUGAGGACGCCACUGUUAUCCAGGUUGGUAGCGUCAACAAGCAUGGAAUUCUACUUGAAGUUGUCCAAGUUCUCACUGAUAUGGACCUUACAAUAACAAAAGCAUAUAUCUCUUCUGAUGGGGGAUGGUUUAUGGAUGUGUUUAAUGUGAUUGACCGUGAGGGGAACAAAAUCAGAGAUUUUUCGGUCAUCGAGUAUAUCCAACGGAGGAUUGAAAGAAAUGCUGGAUAUGUAUCCUCCUUGAGAGGAUCUGUUGGGGUGGUGCCUUCUGAAGAGCAUACCUCAAUUGAGCUUACUGGAACAGAUAGGCCUGGUUUGUUGUCCGAAGUAUGUGCAGUUCUUGCAGACCUUCACUGCAAUGUGGUAAAUGGUGAGAUAUGGACGCAUAACGCUAGGGCUGCAGCUGUUGUUCACGUGACUGAUGAUUCAACAGGAUCUGCAAUUAAGGAUCUAAAACGUCUUGCAACUAUAAGGGAAUUGCUUUGCAAUGUUCUCAAAGCAGACAAUGACUUGAAGACACCAAAAACCACUCUUUCUCCUCCUGGGGUAACCAGUAGGGAGAGGAGAUUACAUCAGAUUAUGUUUGCUGAUAGGGACUAUGAAAGAAUUGAAAACGUCGGAUUAGGAGAAGUCGAGGACAAGAGUUUGAGACCCCAUGUUACAAUGCUGAAUAUCGAAAAAGAUUAUACUGUGAUCACUAUGAGAUCAAAAGAUCGCCCGAAACUGCUGUUUGACAUUGUAUGUACUCUAACAGAUAUGCAGUAUGUAGUCUUUCAUGGAAUGGUUCACACAGGAAGGAAUGAAGCUUAUCUGGAAUUUUAUAUUCGACAUGUAGAUGGGUUUCCUAUAAGCUCAGAAGCUGAGAGAGAACGGGUUAUACAGUGCCUUGAAGCUGCCAUUGAAAGGCGGGCGUCCGAGGGACUUGAGCUUGAAUUGUACACCGAUGAUCGGGUAGGGCUCCUCUCAGACAUCACCAGGAUUUUCCGCGAAAACAGCUUGUCAAUCAAGAGAGCAGAAAUCUCUACAAAAGGCGGAAAAGCCAGAGACACAUUCUAUGUCACUGAUGCGACCGGAAACCCAUUAGAUCCUAAGAUUAUCAAAUCGAUUCGCGUGGAAAUAGGGCUGACAAAACUGCUGGUUAAACGCAACUCUAAUUGUUUGCCAGAGCCACCAGAAGAGACCACAACUAUGGGAUCUCUCUUUGGGAGCCUCUUUAAAGUUAGAAAUUUUCAGAACUUCAAAUUGAUCAGAUCAUAUUCCUAAUCUCAUUGUGGUACAUAUCAGUUAUCGCAUAUUGAUACUGUACAGAAUCAUGAGAUAUCUCAAACCCAGAAGCAGUAGGUACAGAAGAAGGAAAUUGUAUGUACAUAUGGGCACAAAUGUCCUAAUGGCUGAUAGUGUGCAGAAGUUAACAAGAGACCAUCUUGAAUACUGUAAAAAAUACGUACUGGUGGUCCUUGUAGGAUUCUAUGUUGUGUAAAAUUUGUACACUAUGAUAGUUACUUGGGUUGUGUAUACAAUACGAGAAGCUUUGUGCAGGUGUAAUUUGUCAUCGUAUGUUUCAUUAUAUGAAUCCCUGGUUGUACAUUGGUUUGGGAUGGAUUGAUAUAUAUGGCAAGCACAUGUAAAUUUAUGUA